GUAACCUGAUCGGCCCAUCCUGGUGGCCCAGGUUAGUUAAUUUGUAACACUCGGGUCAUAUCUGAGGUAUCAAACGCAAGAAGAACAGCCGAAAACGACGGUCACCCAUCUGCGAAGCCUAGGGGGCGGAAACUUCUGAUGGCAUCGCCUGAUGACCGGCUUGGUGCCCGGGGCCCCUCUGCCCCUGCCUAUGCUCUCAACAGCCAGGUUCCGCGAAAACGACCUGGUUCUUGGGACAACAACCCAUCGACAGCCGGCAACCAAGCAGCAAAGAAGCGAGCACCCAGGGCCUGCGUCUCGUGUCGAGGUCGUAAGGUGCGGUGCGACGUUGUCAGCGGCGGAGUGCCAUGCACCAACUGCCGGCUCGACGACGUCGACUGCGUCCUAAAGGCGUCGAAUCGAGGCAAACACAAUCCCGCUAGACAUCAGGCUCGCUCGAGGUUGCCGUCGAAUGCCACGGCUCCAAGAGCAUCCUCACCUUUCGCUACCAUGAACACGGACGCCGACACAGCCGCGUCUGGGACUGCACCUGGCUCAGCUCCUGCCACCGCCUUUCGCUCUGGCCCUGGCCACGGCUCUGUGGCUACUGGUCAGCCUCAAGGGCGCCGCGGUAGCCGGCCACUGGCUCAUGACGAUGAGGAGGCGAUAUGCGACGAUGACGAAGAUGAGAACAACAGCCGGCACGACCAGCAAGAAGCAGAACAAACACGAACAACACACGACGCCCAGUUCCAACCCAACGGCACCGUACAUGAGGCGCGUCGCGAACAACAGCCACAGCCCCGACCCAACCAAGGGGCUAUGACGCGCUCAACGCCCUCCGCUCAGCCUGCCAACCCAACAACGUCCGACCAUCUGGUGGCUCUCGCUUUUCAAGGAUGGACUGAACAAGACACUGCAGAGGCCCAAGCUUCUUCAUCAAGAAUGGACGACGUCAGCGCCGCGGCGAACACGCCUCGUACGGACCAAAACCGAGGCGAUUCGCGAUACCAUCUACCGUCAUAUAUCAGCCCCUGUCCUUCUCAUCUGGACGAGCACGACCUUGAGUUCUUGGCUCGCAAGGACUGCCUUACUAUACCUGAUAAUCAGCUCCGAGAUGAGCUCAUCCGGAUCUACGUCUUCGUCGUCUAUCCCUUUAUGCCUGCCGUUGAUCUUGUAGACUUUCUUGAACCCAUUACAGGAUCAAGCGAGGCUGGUACUGUGAGUCUAUUAUUGUUCCAGGCUAUUAUGUUUGCCAGCGUCACGUUUAUUGAUACGCAACUAUUGCAAAGUUGCGGCUUUGAGAGCAAGAGAGCAGCCCGAAGAGUCUUCUUCAACCGAGUGAAGCUUCUCUAUGGUCUAGAUUACGAGGCGGACCGUUUAACUCUGGUACAGUCCCUGCUCCUCAUGACACACUGGUACGACUCCGACAGUGACGACAAGCAUACGUGGUACUGGAUGGGCCUCGCUCUUACUACGGCGCACGUAGAAGGACUCCACCGCGACCUGGAGGAGCCGCAGCAUAUGACCAAGAAAGGACGGCUGCGGCGCCGGAUAUGGUGGUCCUGCGUGAUACGAGAUCGACUGCUUGGGCUCGGCAUCCGUCGCCCUUCCAGAAUCCGGGAGGAUGAGUUCAGCGUCGAACGGUUACGACUUGAUGAUUUUGACAUUUCGCUGCCACCGCCACCUGCAGUCGCUCGCUUGCUUGCGGCUCCGAGCUACACGGGUAUAGACCCAGCAAACCGUCAGAGAAUGGCCACUCUCUGCAUAGACCUCAGCCAGCUGUGUAUCACGAUUGGACGGAUUCUCCACUCCCAGUACACCAUUGCCAGCACGCCGGGACGGGGCUCCAACUACCUGCGAAGGGCGAUUGUUCGACCUAGAAGCUCAAAGGAGCAGGCCCACAGCUUUGCACAGUGCGAUGCUGAUCUCCAAGAGUGGUUUCGGAGCCUUGCGCCAGAGUCUAGGUAUGUGCCUGGAGCCCGAGAUGGCGGGGCCGCCGCUGCGCAGGUAGAAAACUCCACGAUCAGGCUGCACAAGAUUAUGCUCUACAUGACAUAUCUCACGGCGCUUGGGGCCUUACAUCGGCCCCAGGUCUUCUGCAGCGGCUUGGAUGGCAUUGAUCCGGCGCGCAAGGCGGAUUCAAGGCGCAAGUUGACUGAGGCCGCCGUGGCCAUUACCAAGCUUGCCUUUGAUCUGCAGUCCAACGGCCAGAUGUGCUACGCGCCGACGAGCAGUGUCCCGGCGUUCCUAUCCGCGGCUCUGAUACACUUGCUGAACACGCGUUCCUCGGAUGAGGAAACGCGGAACAUCAGCAUCGGUCGCUUCUGCCAGUGCCUCGAUGCAUUGCACCAACUCCAGAACAUGUAUGCCGCUGCCGACCAGGCGGUACAGAUCAUCAACAACGUGCUAGAGAAUGCCGGCUUCAUGCUGCCUCUGCUUGGUAUAGGGAACCCGAUGUCGAAGGCCGGGCGCUCAACGAUGGGCGACAGGUUGUUCGCCGGUGGUGGCGCAAACGGAGUCGCAGCAAGAAACUCGAGGCCGUUCUCAGAGAUGUGGCCCAGUCGUGUUGCAACAGCGUAUCCAAGCCCCGCCCCUGCGGCAGAAAACCUGGACGCCUCGCAAGAAGAAAUGAUUGCCGCACCGAUUCCCGGAGCAGGGCCAACGGGCGAUGCUCUCCGUGGGCAACCCUCAAGACGACCGUCGGCAGGCCAAAAUAUGAACCCGUCUGCUACACCAAACUUAAUGAGUAUCUGGAGCGCUGCAGGCCACAUGCACUCCGAGAGGGAUAUACCACUUCCCGCGGACCUGAUGGCUGGCGUCCAACUCGAUCUGGAUGCCUGGUACGAUGUGGGGGAUAUUGUAGAUCCAGCCUUGAUGAACUUCGAGAUGGGGCCGGACUUCUUGGACUCCCAGGCUUUGCCGAUGUAGAUCACGGCACCGAUGAUAGGGUCGAUAGUAUAAUAGACAGUGCCUGUCUAGCAGUCAGUCGGGACUCAUCAAUACAGACCAUUGUUUGUUUGGUGGGACGGCGUUGGUUUUGGGUGUAAAGUUUCAUAAGACAACAGUUCUCAUCCCAGGCACGCCCAGAGAGGGUGCUGGUCAAUAUACAUAGUGUCUCGGAAUCUAGCCACCCCGCAUUUCGUGC